AUGUCUCUAGCUGAUAAAUCAAUGAAGUCGUCGGAGCGGUUUUCCGUGGGGCUCUUUUCGAAAGGUCGACCAGUUCAUCGCUCAAGGGAGGCAACUGAUGAUCCAAUUGUAAAGGAACGGGUUGAGAGAGUACCUGGAACAUUUCUGUUCUCCAUUCCGGGUAGAGAGAAUGUUGUUUGUUCAAGAACCCCAACUGUUGAUCGAUUAAGAGAAGAACGAGCUAAAAAGGAACUAGUAUUUCGAUACACAGCUCCAGAUGGAGAAACGGUAGCAAUUCCACGAAUCGUCGAGCCAUAUAAAUCUCUCCACGUGAAUCAAAAUGCAUCGAGAGCGGAAAUUAAAUCAGCUUUUCUAAGGGUUGCAAAUCACAGCCGAAGACAGGAUAGAGCCAUGGCGUCUCUCUCUUACAAUAUUCUCUUGUCGAAAAUUCCGCGUUACCGAAAAAUACGUGAUGAUUGCUUUGAAGUCACCCAGAGAACUGAUGUUAUUUUGCUCGCAGUCGUUGGUGCCACAGCCAGCCUGGUCGCCCAGAUAUCCAAAAAUUCGUCUCUGGCUUCAACCACCGAUGAAUACAAACAUUCGCUUUUAUAUGUCACUGCUCGCUCUGGAUUCUAUGACACGACCGAGGCGCUUCUCGAGAUGGGGGUUCCUGUCAACGAGAAACAGGUUGAUGGUAGCACAGCUCUCCACGCCGCCUCUUUCUAUGGACAGCAGCCUGUCGUCGAACUUUUGCUUCGACACGGAGCAGACCCAACAGUGACAAAUAAAUGGCGCCACUCUCCAGCGGACGAGGCCAAUUCCAGGGAAAUUAAGCAAAUUAUUUUGUCUUACAAGGAAGACCGUAUCUCACAAAUCGUAUCAUCACUGGUUGGAAAGAGCCUUGCUUUUUGGGUCCGCUUGAUUAAAUACAACGGCACGGUUAUUGCAAAAGAGGUUUUACGCAAUAGAAAUGUAAUUGACCCACGAACGAGACAGGAAUUGGAUUCUAUAAUCUCCAACUGGAAGAGCGUUUGGCAUGGAACUAAAGCCGAACAUCUUGAAUCCAUCUUGAGGCAUGGUCUUAAACCCAGUGGCUCAAAGCUUCCUGGUGGUUUUACAAUCUCACCACCGUUAAAUCAUAUCAAGUUGGAGAAAAAAUGCUUUGGCAUCGAUAACUGGGCCAAUGCCGUGUUUGUCUCGCCUAGAAUAACUUANUUUGUCUUACAAGGAAGACCGUAUCUCACAAAUCGUAUCAUCACUGGUUGGAAAGAGCCUUGCUUUUUGGGUCCGCUUGAUUAAAUACAACGGCACGGUUAUUGCAAAAGAGGUUUUACGCAAUAGAAAUGUAAUUGACCCACGAACGAGACAGGAAUUGGAUUCUAUAAUCUCCAACUGGAAGAGCGUUUGGCAUGGAACUAAAGCCGAACAUCUUGAAUCCAUCUUGAGGCAUGGUCUUAAACCCAGUGGCUCAAAGCUUCCUGGUGGUUUUACAAUCUCACCACCGUUAAAUCAUAUCAAGUUGGAGAAAAAAUGCUUUGGCAUCGAUAACUGGGCCAAUGCCGUGUUUGUCUCGCCUAGAAUAACUUACGCUUCCCACAGCGCCUACUCCGAGCGAAUUACUUCUGUUAACAAGAAGUGGUGUGUUUUGAUCAGGGCCUAUGUGAAGCCUGGUACGUAUACAAGGCACCAGUCCACUGUUUCAUCAGGAGCUGAUCCAAUUCCUGGAGAGUCAGUAAUGCCAGAGUAUCGCAUUGAUGAUGAUCUAGAGGAAGAAGAGAUCUUUUUCGUUAAAUCUGGGUUAGCGGGAACGGAAGCAGGAACAGAGUUUGAUCGCAAUGUGGUGGUGACGUCUGUCGUAUUCAUCUCUUUGGCCUUUUUGGAGAAAACACCAAACCUCACCUUUGAAUUGCUGAAAUCCUUGUUUGAAAACGAGGGGUUUCAUAAGUACAAGGACAAUUUUUAGGAGAUAUCAAAUCAUCAUAAAUGCACAAAACGUUCUUUUUGGUAUUGUUGGCAUGACAUCGCGGAACAUUAGUUUCCCAAGUUUACUGUGUUGGAAGUUUCCAUGUGAUAACUAUAAAUGGUGCAAAUAUAGUUGAGUUAGUAAUUAUGGUUUGAUCAAUGUAGCUCGUAGAAAUUGUCGCUUGAUAAUUUGUUGACAAGUAAUUGUUACGUUGUACUAUAGGCGAUUCUUCGCUGACGUCAUUGUUUACAUUUUUCCUCAUUAGCUUACGUCUUAACUCAUAGAAACCGUGGCUGUAUAUAUGAACUAAAUGCAAAAGUUUAAAGAGCUGAUUAAGUUGAACAAUUUUUGCAAUUUUCAGCUCUUUGCAAGCAAUAUUGAAGGAAAUAUUAGCCAUCAAAAACUGCGAAAUUGCUGGGUGGCAAGAAAGUUAAUGAGCCAAUACAUUCUCUGUAAAAUUUCGAGUUUUUAGAAGAGAAUUUCUCCGAAACCAUUCGAAACCAUAACUGAAACUGAAAGCGUCAUUAGAUAGUGAUAAGCAUAUGUCAUUGAGGCAAAAAGGGUAAACAAAGAUUCGCCUAUGGGAAAUAGAAAUGACGUUAUGAAGGCAGCAUCUUCCUUCCUCUUUCACACGUGCGUGAUUUUUCCGAGAAAAGUCGCGGAAAUCAAUGGAGGUUAAUACUCUUAGAGUCAUACAGUGGAACCUCGAAAAAACGAAGGGCCAAGGGACUGGCAAAAUUUGUUCGCUAUACCGAUGUUUCGUUACAUCGAGGUUCUUUUCCACAUAUUUUACUAUUACUGGAGUGAAGAUACCCUGGGUGCCAGAGACUUUUCUUGCGCGGUUUCCGGUUUCUGUCAAGUCUUUAUGGUGACCCGCGCGAAAGCCUCGCGGCUUCGGCCUACUGCCGAAGAUGUGUCAGCCUUCGGCCAACACCGAAAAUUUCCGCCACACGCGAGAAAAACCUCUGGUACCCGGGGAAAGGUAAAGAAAAUCGUUCGUUAUACCGAGGACUUCGCUGUAUAGAGGCUCGUUGAAUUGAGGUUCCACUGUAAUGAAACCAGCCAUUGCAACCACCUAGGGACAGCGUUCUUCCUAGUUUUCAGUGUAACCAGUAAGUCAGUCUUUUGUUGUUAUCUUGUUGAUUUACAAGUACCUCCUUGUUGUUCGAUCGCUUUUCUAUGAUCCAUCAGUCAGGAGAAAAGACACAGUGAACAUUUUAUCAACGUCUUAAGUAAUUAAUUAAGCCAGUCAGUCAUUAAGUAAGUAACUUUAUUCAGCUAGGGUAGCCCAUUCCACUUUCCGAUCUUUAUGAUGUUUUUGGGGUGAACCACUGGCCCAUUCAGCUCUGAGGCGACCUGUUGGUUUUGACCCUCGCGCAUCAUAGUCACCCCUAUUGUGAGGACAACAGGCGACAGUGUUCCUUGAUGAAAUGAAUUUUCUCUGUUUCUGGUUUCUUUAAUAACAUAGUUUCACGGGUGAGGGGUAUCAGCCCCCAGCCCAACCCCAAACCUGGAGGACCAGGGGACCACAAAUUAGUCUGGUCUCUAUUAUUCGACCUGUUCUCUCAUGUGGUCACCCCACUUAUCAUGUAAACGUGAUCAAACUAAAUUGAGAGAUUAUAUAGAUAGGAGGGUUACCCCACCUAAGUGGGUUGGCUCACCUACCUGGGGUCCCCCACCUCAUUGUAAAGACUGUCAGGCCCUAAAACAGGAGCUGCAAGCUAUUGUUUUAAUUAUGGUAAUAUCAGCAAUUAAAUUCUAUGUUAAAAAGAAAAACAAAACAAAACUCGAACAUUGUAUUCAUUGUUAGUGGCACAAGAUUUAAAUGCUGUGUUACAUAAACAGAAAACUUACGCAUUUUGCGUCACGUAGACAAAGCUUGCCUAGUCCCUGUACGGCGUUUUCCCAGUCCCUCUCGCUCAAUUCGUUUCGGUGACGUAUCCGCGGCCAACGCAUGGACCACGUGACCCGAAACGCUUUGGUCGCGUGGAAUAAUGAGGCUUAGUGGCAAGUCACGCGUGACGUGAAACAGGUCUCGCGAGGUUCGCUUUGCUUGCCCAAAUGCUUGUUCGCAGGCUAUUUUUUGGUCUUACAUAUAGGCGAUCACGUUUGGUGCACGUGAAUUAUGUGACAUUUUGUUUCGAUUGAGAAUAGAUUUUUGAUGACAGUGCACCUCUGAGAGAAUUAUAAUUUUUGUCGAAGACUAGUGUUCGGUUUUGAAGUCCGAACUCUCUAGCUAGCUGUAGACCAGUGCUUGGAUAAAAAUGUCAUUUGUGGAACGAAAGGCAAGAGCUGAAAACGUUAUAAUACUACUUCGAUAUACAGCUCCAGAUGGAGGGACUGGGACGGUACCGCGAAUCGUCAAUCCAUAUCACGUUUUUCAACUAAAUCAAAAUGCAACGAUACAGGAAAUUAAGGAAGCAUUCAAAAGAACUGCAAAUCAAAGCCAAAGACAAGGUAGAGUCAUGGCGUCUUUGUCGUACCAUAUUCUCAUGUCUAAUGAUCAGCGAUACCGGAAGGUAAGUGAUGGCUACUAUGAGAUUGCAGGGAAAACUGAUGUUAUUGUGCUCGCAGUCGUUGGUGCCACGGCCAGCCUGGUUGACCAGAUAUCCAAAAAUUCGUCUCUGGCUUCAACCACCGAUGAACACAAACAUUCGCUUUUAUAUGUCGCUGCUCGCGCUGGAUUCUAUGACACGACCGAGGCGCUUCUCAAGAUGGGGGUUCCUGUCAACGAGAAACAGGUUGAUGGAAGCACAGCUCUCCACGCCGCCUCUUUCUAUAGACAGCAGCUUGUUGUGGAAAUUUUGCUUCGACACGGAGCAGACCCAACUAUUACAAACAAGUGGGGCAACUCUCCAGCGGACGAGGCCUCCAGCGAAAUAAAGCAAAUUAUUUUGUCUUACAAGGAAGACCGUAUCUCACAAAUCGUAUCAUCACUGGUUGGAAAAGGCCUUGCUUUUUUGGUCCGCUUGAUUAACCACAAGGGCACGAUUGUUGCAAAAGAGGUUUUACGCAAUAGAAAUGUAAUUGACCCACGAACGAGACAGGAAUUAGAUUCUAUAAUCUCCAGCUGGAAGAGUGUUUGGCAUGGAACAAAAGCCAAACAUCUUGAAUCCAUCUUGAGGCAUGGUCUCAAACCCAGUGGCUCAAAGCUUCCUGGUGGUUUUACAAUCUCACCACCGUUAAAUCAUAUCAAGUUGGAGAAAAAAUGCUUUGGCAUCGAUAACUGGGCCAAUGCCGUGUUUGUCUCGCCUAGAAUAACUUACGCUUGCCACGUCGCCUACUCCGAGCGAAUUUCUUCGGUUAACAAGAAGUGGUGUGUUUUAAUUAGGGCCUAUGUGAAGCCUGGUACGUAUACAAGGCAUCAAUCCACUGUUUCAUCAGGAGCUGAUCCAAUUCCUGGAGAGUCAGUAAUGCCAGAGUAUCGCAUUGAUGCUGACCCAGAGGAAGAAGAGAUCUUUUGCGUUAAAUCUGGGGUAUCCGGAACGGAAGCAGGAACAGAGUUUGAUCGGAAUCUGGUGGUGACGUCAGUAGUAUUCAUCUCUCUGGCCUUUUUGGAGAAAACACCAAACCUGACCUUUGAAUUGCUGAAAUCAUUGUUCGAAAACGAACAGAUUUCAUAAGUACAUGGACAAUUUUUAGGAGAUGUCAAAUCAUCAUAAAUGCAGAAAACGUUCUUUUUACUAUUGUUGGCAUAACAUCGCGGAACAUUAGUUUCCCAAGUUUACUGUGUUGGAAGUUUCCAUGUCAUAACUAUAAAUGGUGCAAAUAUAGUUGAGUUUCUCGCUUGAUAAUUUGUCGAGAAAUAAUUGUUUCGUUGUACUAUAGGCGAUUCUUUGCUGACGUCAUUGUUUACAUUUUUUCCUCAUUAGCUUACGUCUUAACUCAUAGAAACCGUGGCUGUAUAUAUGAACUAAACGCAAAAGUUUAAAGAGCUGAUUAAGUUGAGCAAUUUUUGCAAUUUCAGCUCUUUCAAGCAAUAUUGAAGGAAAUAUUAGCCAUCAAAAACUGCGAAAUUGCUGGGUGGCAAGAACGUUAAUGAGCCAAUACAUUCUCUGUAAAAUUUCGAGUUUUUAUAACAGAAUUUCUCCGAAACCAUUCGAAACCAUAACUGAAACUGAAAGCGUCAUCAGAUGGUGAUAAGCAUAUGUCAUUGAGGCAAAAAGGGUAAACAAAGAUUCGCCUAUGGGAAAUAGAAAUGACGUUAUGAAGGCAGCAGCUUCCUUCUUCUUUCACACGUGCGUGAUUUUUCCGAGAAAAGUCGCGGAAAUCAAUGGAGCUUAAUACUCUUAGGGUUAUACAGUGGAUCCUCGAAAAAACGAAGGGCCAAGAGACUGGCAAAAUUUGUUCGCUAUACCGCGGUUUCGUUACAUCGAGGUUCUUUUCCACAUAUUUUACUAUUACUGGGGUAAAGAGAAUCGUUCGUUAUACCGAGGACUUCGCUGUAUAGAGGUUCGUUGAAUUGAGGUUCCACUGUAAUGAAACAAGCCAUUGCAACCAACUAGGGACAGCGUUCUUUCUAGUUUUCAGUGUAACCAGUAAGUCGGUCUUCUGUUGUUAUCUUGUUGACUUACAAGUACCUCCUCGUUGUUCGAUCGCUUUUCUAUGAUGACACAGCGAACAUUUUAUCAACGUCGUAAAGUAAUUAAUUAAGCCAGCUAGUCAGUCAGUAAGUAACUUUAUUCAGCCAAGGUAUCCCAUUCCACUUUCCGAUCUUCAUGAUGUUUUUGGGGUGAACCAGUGGCCCUUUCAGCUCGGAGGCGACCUGUUGGUUUUGGCCCCCGCGCAUCAUAGUCACCCCCAUUGUGAGGACAACAGGCCACAGUGUUCCCUUGAUGAAAUGAAUUUUCUCUGCUUCUGGUUUCUUUAAUAACAUAGUUUCACAGGUGAGGGGUAUCAGCCCCCAGCCCAACCCCCAGCCUGGAGGACCAGGGGACCACAAAUUAGUCUGGUCUCUAUUAUUCGACCUGUUCUCUCAUGUGGUCACCCCACUUAUCAUGUAAACGUAACCAGACUAAAUUGAGAGAUUAUGUAGAUAGGAGGGUUACCCCACCUAAUUGGGUUAGCUCACCUACCUGGGGUCCCCAACCUCAAUGUAAACACUGUCAGGCCCUAAAACAGGAGCUUCAAGCUAUUGUUUUAAUUAUAGUAAUAUCAACAAUUAAAUUCUGUGUUAAAAAGAAAAAAACUAAACUAAACUCGAGCAUCGUAUUCAUUGUUAGUGGCACAAGAUUUAAAUGCUGUGUCAGGAGCCCAUUUCAUGGGCUCCUGGUUGUGUUACAUAAACAGAAAACUUGCGCAUUUUGCGUCACCUAGACAAAGCGAAGUGAGCCGUUCAUCUCAUUGACCGAAAUGCAUGUUACGGAGAUUUUGUGUUACAUUUCGUCACGCGUGACAUUUUUUGGUCUUAGAUGUAGGCGAUCACGUUUGGAGCACGUGAUCAUGUGACAUUGUGAAGUGAGUACUUUUUCGAUUGAGAAUAGAUUUUUGAUGACAGUGCACCUCUGAGAGAAUUGUAAUUUUUGUCGAAGACUAGUGUUCGGUUUUGAAGUCCGAAUGUUUUGGCAGGGGUAUCGGUUUUGAAGCCCGUUACUGUUGGAGUCCUAUUGGUUUCGAAUAAAAUCUAUCAUAAUGCACGAACGUGGAAGGUCUGAGAAGAGGGCGCCUGGAUCCUAGGAUCAGUGACCGAGUAUUUUUCGCUUUCAAAAUCCAGCAACUUCCGUCUUCGCUGAAACUCUCCAGCUAGCUGUAGACCAGUGCUUGGAUAAAAAUGUCAUUUGUGGAACGAAAAGCAUGAGCUGAAAACGUUAUAAUACUACUUCGAUAUACAGUUCCAGGUGGAGGGACUGGGACACUACCGCGAAUCGUCAAUCCAUAUCACGUUUUUCAACUAAAUCAACAUACAACGAUAGAGGAAGUAAAGCAAGCAUUCAAAAGAGCUGCAAAUCUAAGCCAAAGACAAGGUAGAGUCAUGGCGUCUUUGUCGUACCAUAUUCUCAUGUCUAAAGAUCAGUGA